GUUGUCUUGAUAGCCCUGAGUAUUGUUGACGUCCUUGCCAUGCAGACUGAAUGCCCCUGAGCUCGCGUACGUGAGGGGAGAGCCUCCUUGAGGAGCGCCUUGAGGCAUUCUGCGAUCUUGACCGUAACGAGCCAUGUUUUGCUCUAUCAGCGGAACCGUGCCUGAGCAGGGAGUGGUUAGCACAAAGUCGGGCCACCUCUUUGAGAAAUCGCUGAUUGAGAAGUAUGUGCGCGAGACUGGCAAGUGCCCGGUGACCGGCGAGCCCCUAUCGACGGAGGAUCUGUUGCCUCUAAAGGUCAACAAGACCGUGAAGCCGCGGACAGCGCCGGCCACCAGCAUCCCGGGUCUGCUCAGCCUGUUCCACGAUGAGUGGGAUGCAAACAUGCUGGAGCUGCACAACACACGCACGCAGCUGCACCAGACGCGCCAGGAGCUCAGCCAUGCUCUUUACCAGCAUGAUGCCGCCACUCGCGUUAUCGCGCGGCUCUUAAAGGAGCGCGACGAGGCCCGUGCGGCGCUCGCGGACAUGAAGCAGCAGUAUGCGGCGGACGUAGCGGCGGCGGCAGCGGCGCCCCGCGAGGGCGGUGGUGAGGGCGGGCGGCGGCCCAAGGCGGGCAUUCCAGAGGAUGUCAUUGCAGACAUGACGGAGGUGAACGCCACCCUCAGCAAGGGCCGCAAGAAGCGGCCGCUGCCGGACAGCCUGGCCAGUGCUGACGACAUAGCGGCCAUGACCCUGGCUGGCUCGCAUCCGCUGCACAAGACCACGGCCGGCGGCAUUGCUGCCAUUGACGUCAACCCACAGCAGCAGGGUGUGGUGGUGACGGCGGGUGUGGACACGACGCUGCAGCUGUUCGACUACCUACAGACUCGCGUGCUGGCUAGCCUUGAGGGGCACACCAAGCGCUGCACGGGUGUGUCGUGGGUGGCUGCGGACGUGAUCGUAAGCAGCAGCGCGGACAAGACGGCGCGCGUGUGGCGGGCGGGCGGGGAAGGCGGCUCGGAGUGGAGCUGCGCAUCGGUGCUGCGCGACCAUACCGCGGAGGUGGUGGGCGUCACGACGCACCCCAGCCGCCGCUACUUCGUGACGGGCAGCACGGACGCUUCAUGGGCUUUCUAUGAUGUGGCGUCUCUCACCUGCCUGCGCCAGGUGGGCGCCGACGAGGGCCCGGGCGAGCCUUACACCUGCUUGCAGUUCCACCCUGACGGCCUCAUUCUUGGCACGGGGACGGAGGGCAAGGCUAUCCGGAUUUGGGAAGUGAAGGCGCAGAAGGCGGUGGCGGCCUGCGAGGGCCACGCAGGCGCCAUCCGCAGCCUAGCGUUCAGCGAGAACGGCUACCACAUGGCCUCCGCCUCGGACGACUGCAUUAAGCUGUGGGACCUGCGCAAGCUGGCCAACUUCAAGACGAUUGAGCCUUACACGGAUGGACCGUGCACUACUGUGGCGUUCGACCACAGCGGCCAGUAUCUGGUGGUGGGCGGGCCGGUGGUGAAGAUCUACGGCCAGAAGCAGCAGUGGGCGGAGCUUAAGACGCUCAGCGAGGUGCCCAAGCGCGCCUCGGCGCUGCGCUGGGGUCCGGACGCUCGCAGCGUGCUCGUGGGUGCGGCGGACCACAACCUGCGCGUGUUCUCCAGCCCCUCCGCUUAAGCGGUUAUGUGGAGGGCGUGUGUGGAGGGCGUUGUAGAUGAAGGGCGGCGAAGUACGGGCAGGUAGGCCCCUGUCUGGGUCGCCAGCUGCGAUGGGAAUAGGGCAGGGCACGAGAGCUAUCAGGAUGAGGCGAGGAUGUCAGGUGAUGCUUUCGCAGUCGGGGCUUUGUGGAGUGCAUGGUAAGGGAGCUGCGUGGACGGGUUGUAUAAGGCGCGAGAGGUUUCUUUCUUGUCAUUUGGAGGUGAUUGCACCUGAAAAUCGGACCCUCAAGCGUGAAGCUGUCGGCUGGUGGCGAUCAGAAGCUGCGCACGGACAGACGGAUUCGGCGCCACCUUAAUGGGCCAUCAUCGGGGCCUGUAAUCAUUGAGCGGU